AUGCCCGGCAGCUCCCGCAUUCCCGCAAGCUUGCGCGAAGGACUGAACCAAGUCAAGCGUAGUCGGCAGGCGAGUCCAUUGUUGGUCCUGAACCUCGACUUGUUGCGCAACAUUAUCUUCUUCCUCUUCGUCUGGCGAUGGACGCGCAAGACGUUUCUGAAGCUCAAGGGCCGCGGCCUGAUUGGCAGCAUUGUCGAGAUCUACAUUGAUAUCCGUAGAGUUCUGUAUGGUUACUUCCUGCGCGCCCCCGGUGUCCGCGGCCAGGUCCAGAAACAGGUCAACGAGACCAUGGCGAAACUGCAGACCAAGAUGAUCCCCGCGAACCUCACCCGAUACCUGACCCUACCCAAGGAGGGCUGGUCCGAAGACGACGUCCGGAAGGAGCUUGAUACUCUGGCGAACAUGGACCACACGAGAUGGGAGGAUGGCUUUGUCUCUGGCGCCGUCUACCACGGCGAGGACGAGCUGUUGAAGCUGCAGACUGAGGCGUUUGGCAAGUUCACCGUCGCGAACCCCAUUCAUCCGGACGUCUUCCCAGGCGUGAGGAAGAUGGAGGCUGAGGUUGUUUCCAUGGUUCUGUCCAUGUUCAACGCUCCUCCCGGCGCUGCCGGUGCCACCACCAGUGGUGGUACUGACAGUAUCUUGUCGGCUUGCCUCGGCGCGCGCCAAAGAGGAUACUUUGAGAAGGGUAUUACUGAGCCUGAGAUGAUCUUGCCCGAAACCGCUCAUACUGCGUUCCGCAAGGCCGGUGACUACUUCAAGAUCAAGAUCCACUACGUCUCCUGCCCUGCGCCCAAUUACCAAGUCGAUGUCCGUGCCGUCUCCCGCCUGAUCAACAGCAACACAGUUCUGUUGGUUGGCUCCGCACCGAACUUCCCUCACGGCAUCAUUGAUGAUAUCAGCGCUCUAUCCAAGUUGGCUAUCAAGAAGAAGCUGUGCCUCCACGUCGACUGCUGUCUCGGUUCCUUCAUGGUCCCCUUCUUGGACAAGGCAGGUUUUGAGACCGAGCUCUUUGAUUUCCGUCUCAAGGGCGUCACGAGCAUCAGCUGCGACACCCACAAGUAUGGAUUUGCGCCCAAAGGUAACUCUACAGUUUUGUACAGGUCCGCAGAACUCCGCAAAUACCAGUACUACGUGUCGCCAGAUUGGUCUGGCGGUGUGUACGGUUCGCCUGGUAUGGCCGGUUCGCGUCCAGGUGCCCUGAUUGCCGGUUGCUGGGCUAGUUUGAUGAAGGUCGGUGAGGCUGGUUACAUUGACGCUUGUGUCAAGAUCGUCGGCACUACCAAGAAAAUCAUUGAGAAGAUUCGCGAGACACCAGCGCUUGACAACGAGUUGGAGAUCUUGGGCAAGCCUCUGGUGUCCGUUGUUGCCUUCACCGCCAAGAAUCUCAAUGUUUACGACAUUGCUGACGGCAUGUCAGAGAAGGGCUGGCACUUGAACGCUCUUCAGAACCCUCCUGCAAUCCACGUCGCCGUCACUCUUCCAAUUACCAAGGUCUACGAGAAGUUGUUGGCCGACCUUGAGGCCGUUGUCGAGGCCGAGAAGGAAAAGGAGAGAGUUCGCGCUGUUGAGGGUAAGGGUGUCAAGGGCAAGGCCGUCGGUGACUCGGCUGCUUUGUAUGGCGUUGCCGGAUCCCUGCCGAACAAGAGCGUGGUUGUUGAUUUGGCCAACGGACUCGGGUUCGACAAAACCCCAGUAACAUAUAACGGUCUUACCGAGCUAAUGGGGAUUGGCUCGCUGGAACUAUGUUGCGUCCGGCUCGAGGAUCGGGACGGGGCGAACGGGACCCCCACAUGUUCAAGACAUGAACGAAUCGCGACUAAAAAUGGCCUGCCGUGCGGACAUGCGAACCAUUUUCUAUCAAAAAUCUCGGUGGGCGCCUUGCCGCGGACGGCCAACGGGACAUCCGGAGCCAUCCCACACCGCACUAUCGAAAGUUUCCUCAUCCGCAUCACAUCUAAAGAGCCCUCACCCCUUCAAGCCGCGUCUCAAGUCGAGGCCUGUGGUCUUAUCGGGGACCGCUUGGGCCAACGAGCAAACAUGGCGUCGCCUGACUUGGAUUGCGUAAACUUUCAGCUUCCCGAACGCGUGUGGCCUCAAGAUCGAAACCCUCCCGAUGUCAUCGCAUCCUCUGGCGACGGCUACAUCCUGGACACCCUGACGUGGGGGAAUCCCACCAGACGACUUCCUUUUUCAUCUCAGCUUCCUUCGGUGACGCAUCGAAACGCUACCGAUGUGCCGUACAGGGAUGGGCCUCGUUGGAGAGACGGUGCACAGCAGGAAAAGGGCAACUUUGUGGCCUCUACGUUGCCUUCGCCCGACUACUUUGUACGAGCUACCACCACGGGAACACCACAUUCUUAUCCCUCGCAUUUUGAAAAUGCACUUUUCCGCAUCGCCCAUGCCGCUCGUGGUGUUGCCUCCGUGAUCGACCCUUUCAUACCUUCGUGCUGCACCUUAUCAAUCCACCUGACGCGAGGGGGAAUAGAUGUCAACAUCUCAUUGGGGAGCCCUCUCAAGUGUCCCAUCGGCGUCCGAGGAGGGUAUGGGUCUAUAACUAUUCCCGCCUUUUCUGCUGUCUAUUUCACCGUCGCUUCGUCUGAGCUUUGCGGAAUUUCGCAUGCUGUGGCAGACGGCAUAUCCAAUAACAAUAACAUCGGCAACCGGCAACCGGCCAUGACUACCACCCCGACUGGCAAGGCCAUGCGGCCACGGCUGAACACCACAACGAACUGGUCCCUGCCGAGAGAUCAGGCGGGCCUCCCGGAUCCGGAAGAGCUUUCCCCGCUGUCACCAAGGCGGGCUGCUGGGGAGUACGGCUGGGGACAACAAAAGGGGAGCCAUGGUCACGGAAACCGGGUGGAUGAGCAGCAGCAACCGCAGCAGCAGCAGGGUUCGGAGAGCUUGAUUAUAGAGACGCUCACUUCGAAACCUCGCGAUAGUCUUGGUGGCAUGCCGUCUGACAUGAUGGAGGAGUUGAGGAAGAUUAUCAAAGAAGAAGUUGCCCAAGUCGCUCAAGUCGCUCAACUGAAGACAAAUGAGACCGGCACCCCCGUCGACGCAGUUCGGUUCCCCCCCUUAUCUAGUCAGAAUUCCUCCUUCACGCCGGCGUACCCCAGCCCGCCCCCUUCCAUUAUCGACACAUUCGGCGCCUCCAAGAACUCAUCGCCACGAGAUCGCAGUCCGGAGCUCGCACACGCAAAGCCUUCAUCGGCGCCUCCUCCUCCGCCUCAGCAACCGUCGCCGCCAACGUCGGUUCCCGUGCCUGCGCUUCAGUCCACUCCGCCCAUCAGCCCACAGCAAAGGGGGGUUCACUUUAGAAAGAGGGCAUCACCAGUCAUUCAUUGUCAACCGCGUGUUGAAACGGACAAUGAAGACGAGGUCUCGCCGACUGCUCCUACGUCGCCGCGAGUUGAGUUGAGUAGUGUUGACAAGGCGUGGGGUGUGCUGUUUGACUCGGAGGGGUAUCCUACCAACCGACUGAACAGCGUGCUCAGGGGCCUCGCUAAUUUUAUGGUUACGGAGUUUGGGUCGCCAGACACACUCGUCGUUACUCCUGAUAAGAUGCUGAUGCUGUACACCAAAUACAAAGUCGAGCCUGAGAGGUUCCGAUAUGAAGACAUCUUCAAGUCUCGGUCCAAAGACGCAUUGGAGCGAAUCGAAUUCUUGUACCAAGAUCUAGACUGCCAAUACCACCUCGUCCAGGCCGCACCUAGAUCUCACCCCAACAUCCCCGGCCUAACCCCCGCAGGCUUCGCGAAAUGGAUGAUCAGCAACAUCCUCGCCUACCCAGACCCGGAAGCCAGGCGUCUACACGCCAUCAUGACCGCCCUCCCCAUCAACGCCGACGGGCCCCUCCUCAACGGCAAACCAGAGAGACUCCCCAGACAGCUAUCACGGCAUCUCUUCCCAGAGACCCACGAUAUGAAGGUCCGCAAGAUCAUCGACGAGGCCAUGUGGGACUGCCUCGAGGACGUCGCGCCGCCCCUGCCAUCCAUCCCGAAAUCUCGACCGGCUCCACCGCCCCAGGACGUGACCAGGCUCCCCGAGGCCAACACGCACACCCGCCGGUCCGGAAGCGACCUCCCCAAGCGCCCCGCAUCCCUGCCGCACCGAUCCAGGACAUACGACCGCGGCGCUCACCGCGUCGAGCCGCACCCGGCACGUCUCCCGCGCGCCAACUCGGACGCGGGCGUUUCCUUGCCUAGACAUCGUGACUUGCCUCCCCCUCCAGUCGGACGGCACUCGACUUCCUCUCAACGACAGCGAAGCCCGCCGCCGACGAAUAGGUAUACCGCGUCGCUUCCCUCCAUCUCGCAGCACCACGCCAGCGGCGGUGGCGGCGCCGCGUCGCCUUCGCCUUCGUCGUAUGAUAUUCGCGGCGGGGCUGAUGCUAAUUACGGGGUGUAUUCUGGUCGGGACAGGGACGGGCAUCGCGGUUCAGAGUCGAGGGAUGAGUCGCCGCGGUCUCCAGGGAAUGGAAGGCGCGGCGGCGGCGGUGGUGAUAGGGGUCCUACGUGGGAGGACGUGUAUAGUCGAAAGGGGUCUGCUGGGGGGAGGGGGUCGAGCGUUGAUGGGGGAUCUCAUCGGUCGUUCCGGUGA